UUCGAACCUUUACCUAAUAAACUCAACACUUUCCAACUACACCAACGAAUUAUUGGGAGAACUUUUUAUAGAGAAAUUUAUUGUUGUGAGUAAUUUGGGGGCAAGUUGGAUGGGUUGCCACUUUAACUUUACUUGUUUAUUGCCCUCUUACCGAACACCAAGUUUAAAUCGUAAUUAUUAUCAUUAUGCUCUAGUUUAUAUUCGUUUACCCCAUUUAAUUGAAAAAGCUUUGGAAGCCAAAAAAGAUUUGGUUGUUGUUUUGGAAAAUUUUUUGAAUGAUAAAAUUGCUGUGUUUUCAAAGGAUCAAAAUGUUGGUCUUAUGAAAGUGCUUAUUAAUGUUUCUCGUGAAAAUGCAUUGAAGCGACUUGAAAAUGUGAGGGUUUUUUUAAUCUAA